AGGAGGGGAGUAAGUGGAAAGCCUGACCCGCUCCAGUCUCGAUCCAGCCACGGGUAGUGUCUAUACAUUGUGAUGUGACAAUGACGGUUGUCAUAAUUGCGAAACAACGCGUUAUUGUGAUCAGCUGAUCAACCCCAUCGAUCAAGAAGACAAAAAAGGAAGAAUUCGUCUUAAUCGACGGAGGGAAGUUACCCAGAAAAAAAAGAAGAAAAAAAUUUACCGCGGAGGGAAAGAAUCCAAUUUCGGUGGCUAUGUCGUUGCACCUGUGAUAGACUUUGCCUCCAAGAGAGGCCAGCGUUGUUGUUCUGUGUGAAUAGUGUUUUUUUUCGGUUUUGUGGAUGUGUUGUGUGCACGUAUGAUUUGUACGGGCGACAGAUAGAUGUGUCUUAGCCAUGCCUGCCGUGCGGAAGUACAGAAGGGAUACCAGUGAAGUGAGCUGUUGCCUCAAGUAUGUGAUAUUUGGAUUUAAUGUCAUGUUUUGGUGGUUGGGUUUGGGCAUCAUGGCCGUGGGUGUGUGGGCAUGGGCUGAGAAAGACACGUUCAACAAUUUGUCUCGCCUCACAAACGUUGCGCUCGAUCCAGCGUUUAUCCUUAUUCUAGUCGGUACCGUAACAUUUAUCAUUGGGUUUACGGGGUGUGUCGGUGCACUCAGGGAAAACACGUGCCUCCUAGCUGCGUAUGCAGUAUUUCUGGCAUUAUUAUUACUAAUGGAAAUGGCAGCUGGCGUCUUAGGUUUCAUUUUUAAAGACUGGAUAAAGUCGCAAGCCACUGGUGGCUUCCAAGCAUUUAUCAUUCACUACAGAGAAGAUCCCGAUCAGCAGAAUCUCAUCGAUUGGAUUCAGGAGGACUGGUUGCAGUGUUGCGGCAUUGAGGGGCCUAAAGAUUGGGAUCGCAAUAACUAUUUCAAUUGUUCUUCGAGCGACAUUGGCUCGAGAGAAGCGUGCGGUGUGCCUUUUAGCUGUUGUAAACGAAAACCAAAUGAAAUCAUUAAAAAUAAACAGUGUGGCUACGACGUUAGGAAACCUAGCUACACUGGAGAGAGGAGUAUAUUCGAGAGAGGUUGUCUAAGAGCAGGCGAGGAGUGGCUAGAAUUAAAUCUCGUACCUGUCGCUGGUACUGUUGUCAGCACUAUGGUUUUACAGAACUUUGAAGUUGCCAAAGUGAUUUAUGAAAAAGGUUGUAUUCAGGCUGGGGAAGAAUGGGUGGAACGAAAUCUCCUCGCGAUUGCGACUGGCGCGGUUGGUACAGCAUUUGCACAGAUUCUGGGGAUCUGUUUCGCUCAGAAUCUCCGGGCGGACAUAUUCGCGCAGAAGGCGAAAUGGCAUUGACAAUCCAGAGCCCCCACGGCGGUGUAGCAUCUCGUUAUAAUCGAUGCUAGUCGAUUGCGUUGAUCAAAGCGGAAGACUCUUGGGAAUGAAAAAGAGCAGGAAGCUGUCCCGGAAUCUUUCGGCGUGUUCGCCGCUCGUUAACCAAAAGACAAAUCGGCGUAUAGAAGCGGUGACAACAAUAUCCAAGGACCUUGGGGUCGAUCGACGUGACGUCGUGGGGGCGAAACGGUGGGCAUGGCCGAUCCCACCGUGAAAAGCGAAACUUUCCUACUGCCGUGAUGAAGGCGGAAGCCAUAGAACACAACACACAAAUACACGAUAACUUUCUGUAGCCCCAAUUGGUCGUUAAAACGGUUACUGGGGCCACUUAGGCAUAUUGAUCCUGUAUUAUUCGCCGACGCGUUCCCUCCAUCGAACGACAACAAUCAUUCGACGAAGGGUCUAACAAUCGAUCGCGAACGCCUGCUUUCGGAUCUGUCGAACGUUUCGGAUUUUCUUCUCAUCGGUUCUUUGGAACGAACGUUCAAAGACGACUACGUUAGCUCUAAGUUGCUGUAAGGGUGUUGGAAACUGCCAUUUUUUUCAUGAACCGUUUCGUCUGAAAGAGCCAAAGGAUUGUAUCUUCCAAUUGUCAGUGCAUUCGUCAUGAUCAAAGAUAUCGUGAAUAAUUUCAAUGGUUUUCUGCCGAAAAUCCGAUACGUUUCAGAAAGAAACUUCGCAGUCGAUUUCUCCAGCGUUUGUCGCGUCGUUUCGCGUUUCGACGGUGGGCAGAAUUUUGUUUUGAACAAACGGUAUUUAGCGAUGGACACUUGUAGAGGACUUUCUAGAGAGAGAGCGAAAGAAUUUUUUAUUUUAACUAUACGCGGAAUACUCGGGAAACUGGGUGCAUUCGUCGUUUUUAAAUGAAAUGAAAUCAUGCCCACCUUAGCUAUUUUAGUAGUACGAUAUUAUUGUUAUUAAUAACCAAUUUUUGCUUCUUAUUCCUUUAAGCGAAGGAAGGAGAUCGUUUUAUUCUAAGAACAAUGUUAAAUUUUGUAGAUCACAUGUGCUACUUGAAACUAUGAGCGAAUAUAUUUUUCUUAUUAAAAAUCGGAUAACGAAACAUUAUUUUUAAUGUAUAAACCAGAUGAGAACAAUUUUCAGCUGAUCAGUUAAUAUUGUCGACUAGAUCCAAUUGCCAUAGAUCCAGACUGUUUCAUCUUGUGUCCCUAUGUUGCGAAUAUUCUUUGUAAUGUCAUCGCUAAGCUAGAUCCAGUGUUGCCAUAGGUUCAGAUUAUCAUUCAAGUGUACAAGUCGAAUUAUCCUUUUAUUUUUCAUCCUGUGUCUCUACAUUAAAGUAGAUCCAGUUGCCAUAGGUUCAGACUAUCAUCCUAGUGUUCAAUUUGAAUCGUUCCUCCUUUGUUCAUUUUGUGUUCUCCUAUUGAAGCCAUUCCAUUUAAUAAUACUGCUAAGUUAGUUCCAGUUGCCAUAGGUUCAAACUUUCUUAGUAUCGCAGGCGAGUCUUCCAUUCAUUUUCCAUUUUGCUACUCCAUCAAAGUUAUUUUGCUCGCUGCGUCUUGGAAGAACUUAGCAACCGGAGUUUACAUGAAUGUUUAUAUUUCUCAUCUUGUUAGGGUUUUAUGUUGAUGUAUGAUAAUCGAUGUAUGUUUUUCGGUCUGCUAUGCUUUACGAUAUUUAACAUUGUUCUUCUCAAUCGAUUCUUCAAGUGAGACAAGUAUUGUCAAUAACGUUAUGAUAAGCAAUACGAAUGAGUUGUUGCUUGGAAGCGAGAUGUACGUUUUAAAGUGGCUGCCGAGAUUAUUAUGAAACUGAAUACUGUGAGAAUGACAAUCAUACCGUUCAUUGACACAAUAAAAUAUCGUUUCUAAUACUUUGUGAUAUUCCUCAGAGUAAGUACGCGCAUUCCUUUCUAAGUACAUUUGAAUAAUGGCGGCAUACGUUGAGAUUCUAGUCCGUCCGUUUGAAAACUGAUCAGUUAACUAGGAAAAGUUGAUCCAUAUCAUUAUAUUUGUUAUUAAAAAUAAAAG